UCAAAAACAACAAUCAUAACGACAACAAAGAAUAUUUAAUUUUUUUUGGUCAGAUUAGCUCAUGAAUAAAAAACCCCCGAUUAUUUGGCUACAGGUGAAUUUCCUAGUACAUACCUAGCGAACACGUACGUGGAUACAUAUCGCUGCAAUUCCCCACAGGUCACGACAAUUAAUAGAAGAAGACGUAAUAAUAUCAAGUCAUCGACUCCAGUUCCCUCCAGUAUGGUGGUACGGAAAUUUCAGUGACCACUUCACAAUCUACCUCGUCAGAUGGCUGGACCCUCGGACAUGUCCCACAUGAUCAUGUUGGUUGUGGCGCGACGCCGCAUGAUCUUAAUCAGAUGAUUGAUCAAGUACAAGCUGCAUUCAAUUAUUGUCUCUUCUGCUCUUCAUAAUGCCAAGCAAAUCAUUUUAAAAGUUCACGCGGUUUUGGAUGAUCGGUAGAGACGUAAUGGAAGCCUCAAUCUCCAACCUUAGCACGCGGCAGUUGCACUAGUCCUGGAGCUACCUAAACAUUUGGAGGAAGUUUCGAGGAAAACAAAUAAUCUAAACAGAAAAAGCAACAUAUAUAUAUAUACACACACACACGACCAGCUACCUAUGAAGCAAUUUUUCUAUCGGCAUCAGUACCGUUAUUGUGUGGCUGCUCAGGAGAAAAAUACAGUUAUAAAGUGAGUUGGACGCACAGCGCCAGCCGCCAUGCAUAUUCAGACAAGCUGUAGGUCGAGCACAAGCUCUGGCCACGAUGUGCACCUCGAGUCUCAGCAGACGGCCUUGCUAAUAUCCGGCAACAGUAGCACUGCAAGAGAACGUUGGCGCUGGAUUCUUUUGAUCCUGCAGCAAAGAAAUCUAAUAUCGAGAGCAGAUAAAUUAGCUCAUGAUGAGAAGGGUUCUCCUUCUCUCGAUAGAGUCUCAUCAUCAACUUCCUAUUACAGUAUAAUCAGCAAUAUCGAUGGCAUGACCGGAGAAAUGGAUCCACAAAUUAUAACAGGCGUGGAAAUAUCAUCUGCAUCACCUCAAGUUUCCAUGAAUGUAAGUUUGGACGGUGAAAAUGGUAAUCGUAUAAGCAGAGACGCAAAACUCCAGCAAAAAAACAUUUCAAAGAUGGUAAAGGAUAAGGACACGGAUUCCUUACAGAAGUUUGGAGGCAUUCAAGGAAUUGCAGAGGCUCUGGAUACGAGUUUAGAGGAUGGAAUACCUGGUGAUGAGGAAGAUCUACGUUCUCGACGCGAAACCAGCACAAUCGCGGCCACAACCCAAACUCCUGCACGAAGCUUCUUUCAAAUCCUCCUGAAAUCAUGCAAUAGUUACAUCAUUUUCCUUCUCUUCGUGUCUGCAGUGCUGUCACUUGGCUUUGGGAUCAAGGAGGAAGGACGCAGGACUGGUUGGUACGAAGGGUUCAUAAUACUUCUUGCCAUUGUUGUACUUGUAGUUGUUCCUGCGCUUCGUGACAUCUGGCUCAAGCAUUCCCAGACAAUGACAUGUACAGGAAAUCAGAAAGCAUUAGAAAUGUGGGAAAAUGUUGAUGUCUUCCGGGGUGGAUGCCAACGGAAAGUAUCCAUCUGUAAUGUUUUGCCGGGUGACAUAGUAUGCCUGGAGAGGGAAUAUCUGGUCCCAGCUGAUGGUUUGUUCGUAUCUGGUGAAUUCCUAAAACUAAAUGAUGGUUCAGAGUUCAUUGUUGAUAAAAAUAAUCCUUUUCUGUUCUAUGGUGCAAAGGUGACGGAAGGAACUGGUCGCAUGCUUGUUACAGCUGUAGGCAUGGACACAACAUGGGGUCAUUUGAUGAAACAGGGUACCCAUGCCCCCAAAAAUACCCCUUUACCAGCAGAACUUGACAAGGUGAAUAUUGGCAUACAAAUUACUGGGCUUUCAAUCUCAAUCCUCAUCCUAGUAGUGUUGUUCCUCCGUUUUAAGCUUGAAAAGAAAGAUGUUGACUCUAGCCUUCCAGACCUGAAGGGGAAACCAAUCUCAUGUGAGGAGAUAAUAAAUGCAAUCAAGAGAAUUGUUCUGAAACCAAAUGGGAAGAUCAGUACCCUGACAACUUCACUUGUUAUGUCUUUGGUUGGAUUAAUGGAAGGAAUUCCUUUUGUAAUCACACUAGCCAUCACUUAUUGGAAUAAGAAGAUGCUCUCCGACAAGGCCAUUGCUCAAGAACCUUUGGCUUGUCUUACCAUGGCUUCAGUCACAACUAUCUGUCUUGAUAAAUCUAGUUGGUUAACACUAAAUCCAAUGGCAGUUGAUUUGUGCUGCACAGAGAUGCUAAAAGAAAUAGAAGCUAGGAGAAAUGCUGGAUUUAACAUCAUAUUGGUAUCAGAAGAUAAUGUGUCAGGGUUGGAAGUUUGCGAGGGUGGACUGCUUCCUGACUCAAAUAGGAUGGUCCUUGAAGGUGAAAAGUUUCUCAAUUACAGCCCAGAAGAGAGGAUGAAUAUUGUAGAUAAAAUCACUGUGAUGAGAAGCUCUUUCCCUUCUGAUAGGCUCCUUCUGGUGCAGUGUUUGAAGAAAAAAGGCCAUAAAGUAGCAAUGAUUGGGGUCAAAACAAAUGAGAUUCCAGUACUAAAAGAAGCUGAUGUGGGGAUCGUGAUAGAGGCUUGUAGCAGUGAAAUGGCCAGAAAAAGUGCUGACAUCAUCAUCAGGGAUGGAAAUUUCAAUUUCUUGGUCACCAUUGUAAGUUGCGGAAAAUGUACUCAUGACAACAUAAGGAAAUAUAUCCUACUUGUACUCACCAUGAAUGCUGCAGGGCUGUUGACAACCUUGCUAACAACGAUAUGUUUUGGAUAUUCUUCAAUAACAUCAGUCCAGUUGCUCUGGGCAAACUUCGUUGUAGCCCUUCUUGGCGGCCUUGCACUACUGACUGAGCCACCAACAGGGACACUAAUGGAGAUGCUGACAAUGAGACGAACUGAACCACUUAUCACCAAGCCUAUGUGGAGAAAUCUUGUCAGUCAAGUUCUAUAUCAGGUAGCCAUCUUACUGGCCUUCCAAUUUAAAGGGCAAGCUAUCCUGCACAUCGAAGAGAAGGUUAGUAAAACCAUUAUCUUCAAUAGCUUUGUUCUUUGUCAAGUAUUCAACCAAGUCAAUGCAAGAGAACUGGAGAAGAAGAACGCAUUUAGGGGCAUUCAUCGAAACAUCUUGUUUUGGGUGGCAGUGGGUGUCACUCUGGUACUCCAGGUGGCUUUUAUUGAGAUUGCACAUAUAGUUUCAGGCUGUGCAAGAUUGAAUUUGGUGCAGUGGUUUGUCUGUCUUCUAAUUGGUGUGGUUUCAUGGACCAUUGAUUGCACUACAAAGUGCACAUCAGGCUGCAUCAGGAAUUGGUUGAUUGCACCAAUUAACUCACAUAUGGGAGUCAACAGUAUGACACCCUCUUCUCUCUCAGAACCGACUUAUAAUCUUGAGCUGCCACUCAUCAACGAAAACUCCACAUCCGUUUUAUCUUAGUUUAUGCCAAUUUCCACUUCUUGUAUAUAAAUAAAGGGCACGUACAAAUAACAUUCCUGUUUGGGAGCUUUAUAUUCUGGUUGCUGGACAACAACACUUACUAAUCUCCAUGUCUUCUUCCUGUUCUCAAACCAGAAACAUUGUGUACAUAAAAAUGAUGUUACUCCCGCCUAAGCACCAUGAACUCAUUCAAGUUUACCGUAUAAUGACAUGAUAAAAGGGAAAUAUACCAAGUUUUAAUUUCACUUUAGUCAUUAAUUAACAAUCGUUUGGAACAAGAAACUGCUAAAACAAUUAGUGACACACCGAACCCUGCAGUUCUCUGCAUUCUAAUUCAAGAUAUUUCAAUAAUUAGCGUGCAGAUAAAGUGCUUAUACCGAACCAGAGGGAUCUUUAUUAUCGUUGAAACGAAAGAUAAAACAAAGCAAAAUUUGUGAAAUGGGUAUCGUACAGAAAGAAAGAGCAACUUAGAAUCAGGCAAUACCAGCAAGAGGCCAAUAUGGUGCCAAUGUUUUGCCAAUUAAAAAACCUUUAACUGUGCUAA